AUGGAUUUGAAUGCUUCAACUAAAUCAACUAAAAAUAUAAUUAAAUCUUUAAAGAUUAUUUCAGAGUUAGAAAUUAAACCAUUAAAACUAGCUAAAGAAGUCAUUAUAGCACCUGAUGAAAAUACAAUUAGAGAAAAGAGAAUUGAAGAGUGUGUUAAAUUUCUCUUAAAAAUAACUGAUGAAAAUCUUUCUAAAGAAAAUAUUCAAAAGUUGUAUGAAAGAAAAGAAUUUAUUGAAAACAAUUUAAUAACCUUUUACAAGUCGAAUGUAACCAAAUUAAAUAGAGAAAAUUCUUUAAAGCUUUUAAGAGAAUUACAGAAAACAGAGGAUGAUUUAAGUUUAAAUAAUUCAUUAGAAGAAUUUAUGAAGGUAAACUUAAAACUUGAUAUUACACCUCUUAAAGAAAAUGAAAUUGAUUUGAUCAAAAAAAUUGUUCUAGAAGAAAAUAUUAAUCUUUAA